AUGUUCCAUAGAGAAGGAAGGAAUAUGGAGGUUGCUUUGGGAAUGCUCACAAAACCAAAAAUCUGGGAUGUAGAAGGACGAAGAAGGUAUUGUUUUACGUGCAAACAUUUAUCACACGAAGAAGGUACUUGUCCAUGUCUGAGUGAGGAACAUAAGGAGAUUAACAAAGCCCUGAGGCUAGAACAAAACCUUGCUACACAAGAGUUUAGCCCUACCUACUCAAGAUCUCGCUAUGAAGCUCCACCUGUGCAGCGAUAUCCUAGUAAUAAACGGGGUGGAAAGAUAGUUAACUACAAAGGCCACCGCGACCAAGGCUCCUCAUCCACACUAGUACACGGGAACUCAUAUUCCUGGGAGAGAAAGCUUGAUCAAAGCAAGGAGAAGGCGGCUAAAGAAAGUGAUACCAGACAGAGGGACCUACGACAGAAACUAAGUGACCAGAGGCAUUCCAGGAGAAAGGAUAUAUGGAACCGUAUGGAGAGGAAUCGCUCUGGCAGAAAUUACGGUCCACAAGACCGCUAUCACCCAUACCGACGUGCUCGGGAUGAACCGAUAGGUAACAUCAGUACAAGACAUGUAAUCCACAAAAUGUGGAGACCUCGCCAGAAUCAAGAUUCACGGGCUCUACGAGCUGAGAUAAGAAUGGAGACUCCGAACUCUAGGGUCACGCAUCAGAAUCAAAAUGAUGCUGGUACCCCUGUGGAUUCUCAGCGAAUGAUGCGGAGUCAGGUUUUACCAAACUCCUAG